AUGGAUGUCAUGAAACUAGACAACGUUCAGCCUCUACCGCUGGAGUUCAACGGGUAUGUCGAGGGCACGUUAGAUUUGCUCCUGGGGGGCGGCAACGGCCUCUCGAAGAUCAAGCUUCUCAAGCACCUCCAGAAAGUGUGCAUCGUCUCCGGGAACGCCGAGGACCCCAUCGAGUUGGAAGACGGCGACGACGAUGUCGCGGACGGCGGGGGAGCGGCAGGCUUGCAAGACAACGGUGGUAACGAUGGGGAAUCGCCACCGGGGCAGCUCGAGGACGGCGGCGGGCCGCAGGAAAGCGAAGGUGGGCGACGGGGACGGCGCCUCCUCCGAAGAUAUCGAAGAAGUAGCGGCGGGUAUCCUGACAGGCCCAACAAGUGGAUGCACCCCUAUCUCCUCACCUGCUGCCUUGUCGGAAGGCCAAGCAGCAGCGAGGACCCUGACCUUAGGACCGCGCGGAAAACGUCCGGGCCGAAGGGUCGCGGAGGGAAGCAGAAGGCGAAGAAAGGGUCGCCCAGCACCAGCGACGGAAGCGGGUCGGAGACAAGCGGUGCGUACACCGAGGUAGAUUUGUCGUCGAGCGCGAUUCGGAUGUUCGCAGGGGGCGGCGAAAUUCAAAGCCGUGCGCAGGUGAAGAAAGAGCACGCAGCUGUGGCGGCGGCGAACGCGCAAGAGCAGGCGGAGCAGGCGCGGCGCGUCCAGCAGGCCCAUACAGGCAAGCUGGUGACGGCUGUGGAAGCUUUGUCGGCAGCCGUUGUGUCGAGGCAGGCUUUGGACGAAGAAGCCGCCCACAGGGCUCGCUGGGAUUACGCUCGCUUGGCCAACAAAGCUUAAAUCGACGACCUCAGGGGGAAGUUGGAGUUUACACUGGAAGUGCCCAGGGCGAUGGCACUGCGAGCCUCCAUAUCGGCCUUGUAUGACAUGGAUGACGCCGACUUCAUGCUCAAACCCAUCUCGGCCCCGACCCCACCCGCUGCAGGAGGUGCCCCCAGUACAUCCGCGUCUGCAUCGGUGACAUCUGCAGCGGCACCGCCUGCCACUGCUCCUGGGUCACUGCCCUGCCUGCGUCCAUUUCGACAUCGCCUGCUGCUUCAACACCCGCGUCUGCGGUCGCCCUAGCGACCCUCCUACGUCCGUGUACCAUCCGACGUCGUCUUAUCCUUGACCGUGUUUUUUCUUGUGGCCUGUUCUUUUUUUUUUGCGUACGGGCUACAGCAGCGAAUGUCUCCGCGUCCGAUUCAUUCUUGCUGUUUUGUUUUGUCCCAUCGUCAAGCUGGGGGAAAAUUAUUGUAAAAUACAUGUCAGGAUAGAAUCCCUCAUGUCGCUUUCGACAAACCAACCUGCCAAGUCAACGACGUGGACCAACGGUAGACUUACUUGGGCAUGUGCAGCGUGAUACCGUUGGUCAACAAAAGACAAUUAGAGAGAGUUGUCGAAACCCAGACCGUCGUUGGGAGUGCAAUCGAGAAAGAGAUAAUGAAU